AUGUUGGUCAAGAAGUACAAUGAAGACAUCGGCAAGGACAACCAUGCUGUUGGAAAGCUGAGGACGGAAGCUGAGCGUGCCAAGAGUGCCCUCAAUAACCAGCACCAGGUUUGUGUUGAGAUCGAGUCCCUUUUCGACGGGUCUGAUUUCUCAGAGCCACCGACCCGUGCCAUGUUUGAGGAGCUGAACCACAAUCUGUUCCUCAAGGCCAUAGGUCCCGUGAAGAAGGCCAUCGAGGACGUUGGCCUCGAGAAGAACCAGAUCCACCAAACUGUUUCUUGUUGGUGGCUGCACCAGGAUUCACAAGGUCCAGCCAGCUCCUCAAGGACUACUUCGACGCAAGGACUCAAACAAGGGCGUGAAACCCUGGUGAGGCUGUUGCCUUUGGUGCUGCAUUGUAGGGAAGCAUUUUGA